GGCGGGCUUCGAGGCCAGGCUUCCCGUCCCUAAGAUGGCGGUCGCGCCCAUAGGCAACGCCUUGCGCUUCCCGCCUUUGCCCUUCUCCGGGCGACGUCGCCGGCGUCGCCAAGAUGGCCGCCGGGGCGGUCCCAAGCGCCUGAUGCGGUUGUUUAAAAUUCCGAGGCAGCCGCCAAAGUCGGACACGAAGAAGAGGCGCCGCCGCCGCCGCCGCGACCCGUCAGCCGCCUCCCUCUCGCCGCCUCCCGGGGCCGCGCCAUGGACUCGACCCCGGGCGAAGACCCCACUUUGCCGCUGGACAUCCACAGCAGCCUCAAUUUUUCCCGGCUUCCAGACGUUUCGGGAGAUGAGAUUCGCAAUCAAGUGGGAGGCGGUGGAGCGUUACUUGAGGUGGCCGAAGACACUGUUUCACCAACUAGGGCGCGGACUAUGAAGGAUUUUGAAAAUCAAAUCACGGAGCUGCGGAAGGAGAAUUUCAACUUGAAACUUCGCAUCUAUUUCCUGGAAGAUCGGAUUCAGCAGAAGUUUGAGGGUCCCCAUGAUGACGUCUACCGAAUUAACAUUGAGCUCAAAGUCGAAUUGGAGAGUGUGAAACGGGAGCUUCAGGAACGAGAGCAGUUGCUCCGGAAAGCUUCGAAAGCCGUCGAAAGCUUGGCCCAGGGUGGCGAUGCUGAAAUCCGGCGUCUGAAGCAAGACGCAGAGAAGAAAGUCCAGGAAGUAGAAGCAAGCUUGACUAGCAGGAUCCGGCUUUUAGAGGAGGAUGUUCGCACGGCCCGGGAAGAAGUAGAGAAAGCGUUUGCUUUGACGGAGCGCGAAAGAGUCCAGCGCCUGGCUGUGGAAGAGCAGCUCUCUUUGAUCCUCAAAGAUCUGGAUGUCGCAGCAAUGCUGGAAGAAAAGGACAGGUUGAAUGCCUGUGGAGCUUCUGGAUCGCCCAAGCCGUGGUUGUCCCUAAGGUGCAUAGAGCAACUGAGGCUCUCUCUGGAAAGGAAAAAUGCGGUCCAGCUCUUGGAGGAAGGACAGGGGAGACCGUCAGGAGAAAGCCAAGCUCCUAGUGAUGCAUUGAAUGAGGAAGAAGACAAGGCCUUGGAGGUUCCCAGGACUGAAUUCAGCAGUGAAAAAAAAGACCUUGAAAAAAGGAUUGAGCAUCUCCAGAACGACCUUCGCGAACGGGAAACGGAGCUUUCUGCCGAAAAGAGAAACGCGCUGAAACGAGACAAGACCAUCCAGGGACUCACCCUUGUUUUGAAAACCAAGGAAAAGGAGAAUGCAGAACUCGCUUCUGAAAUAGAAGGCCUGAAAGCGUUGUGGGUCAAGCCUGGAGAGUCCAGUCCCCAAGAUCAGAUGCAGAAAUUCAAGGGUGCCGAAGAGUCUCGGGAAGUGCUGAUGGAGAAGGAGAGUCUGCUGGCGGACCUGCGCUCGCAGAACCUGACCAAGGACACCGAGAACCGGAAGCUGCAACGGAAGCUGAAGAGGACCGAGCAGGAGCUAAGCGAGCUUCUUCUUGAGAAGGAGAAGCUGAGCAGAGAAUUAGAAGAAGCUCAGCUGCAGAAGAACCAGAGUGACAAAACCAUCCACGACCUUCGAAACCAGCUGGAAAAAAUUCAGAAUGAGUUGGCGGAAAAAGAAAAAAGGAUGGAGCUCCGUUACCAGGUUCUCUUGAACGAAGGGGAUCAAAAGCUGCAGAACCAGGAGCUGGUCAUCACACGCUUGACGGACAGCGUUGCUCAGAAAGAGGAGCUUCUCCAGACUCUUGAUGGGGUCGUUAAAGAAAAAGAUUUGAUGCUGCAGGAAUGGUCCACUAAGCUUCAAAGCCUGGAGAGAGAUAAAGGGAGUCUUCAGAGACAGAACAAAGUCUUGAUUGAAGAAAAAUGCUCAGCCCAAUCCGAGCAGCUGGUGACCAAAAUGAUGCACGAAUUAGAGAGAACCAAACAGUCCCACUACGAGGAAAUGCUCGAAACUCUUCGAAAAGAACACGCCAUCUUUUCCACUCUGAUCAAGUCCCUGAAAGAUGUCGACGGCAUAAAUAAUCUGCAGGAGGAGCUAAACACCAUCUUGGCCCUGCGGAAGCAACUUGAAGAAGGCAUCCUGGAGACUUGGAAUUUGAGGAGAGCGCUAGAAGAGCAAAUCCAGGAUAACAGGAAGGAGGAGGACACCCAUUUAUCUUGGAGCAAUCAGACAUCGUACAUGAGCAUCUGCUUGCGGGACCAGGAUCACCGUUGGGACUGUCAAGUUGACCAGCUCUCUGUGGAGGAGCUUAAGAAGAAGUUUGUCGAGCUCCUCGGCGUGGUGAAGGAAAUGCAUUGGGUCAUCCAAGAACUGAAAAAGAAGCCGUUUGACUUCUCCACGUCGGAUCCUUUGGGAAACGAGAAGCAGAAGUCCUUAGACACAAGCGAGCUUCUUGAGAGAACGGAGGGAAGUCAGACUCUGCUGGGGGCCUCCGACGAAGAGGCGAGUGGGCCGAGCGGCGACUGCGCGGAGACGCUGAGCGAGAUCAUCCCUUUAGACUCUUUGGAUCAACCUUACAAGACCCUGAACCCGCCGGAGUUUGAAGCUGAGCCGGUGGCUGGCAAAUACUUUGACGGGAGCGCAGCGGGCAACCAUUGUGAGAGUCAGGAAGAGACGUCUUCGCCUGUGUGCCUUCCGAAUGAAAACAGAGCGGCAGAAUUGGGAUCUCGCAGGCAAGAAGAGAAGAAAGCUGCAAAUAAUCCAUUAGAGCCUCAGAAAAUCGCCGAGCAAGACAGUUUAAAUGAUGAUCUGGAGAAUAAAGAGGAAGGUGAUCUUAAGCAGUUGAUUAUUCAGCUGAGAGCUGAACUUGAACAGCUCAUGCAAGCCAACGUCACGUUGAAGCAACAAGGCGAAUCGCAACCUGCGCCUGGCCUAGAUGGAAAUGGGCACGAGUUGGACGUGGAGAUGGAAUCGUCCAAAGUGGAAGUGAAGGACACGGCUACCCAAACGGUAACCGGGUCGGACGGCACCACGAGGCCCAAGCACGAAGGCCAAAGGACGCCGGUCUCUGAAGAUGGAGCUGCCCCCCAAUCUUCUUGGUUUGACAAGGAUUGCUGGCAGAGGUCCGUCUCUGUCAAGGGCGAUCCGCAGAAGUCUCUCCUUCCGGUCAGCAAAGCAAACAAAAGCAACUCUUGUUACCAACCUAAGAAAUCUCGCUUGCCUGUUUUACUGAAACCCUCAAGAUCCAUGGGGAGCAUCUCCUUAGUGACCCCCCUGCCCAGGCCAGAUCUCCAGCAUUGUGUCUUCACCCUGGACCAAGGGCUGAAGGGAAGGCCCCUCCGAGAAGAGGCCCAGCAAAGUGAGGCUGAGGGUCAUGGCUCCAACCGGAAAGACGUAUGGGAAGAAGACAAACAAGCAGAAGCAUCGGCAACCAAACCAGAAGUCUUUGAAGCAGAUGUUAGCCCGCCCAGCAUCCAAAGCCCUGUCCAAACAGACCAGGAUCAGAGCAUCAGCAACUUGACCCAAUUAGAAACCGAAAGGAAGACCCCCGGGUCAAGACAGUCUGCUUUGCAAGAACUUCUCCCCCCGGUUGAUGUCCCUCAGAAGCAGUGCAGGGAUGUCACGGCCACGUUCCGGGAUGGGAAGAGCCCUUCUCUUAAGCAGAGCGUCAUGAGCUUCGAUGUGUUUGAUUGCGAAGCUGUGGAUGACAUUGAAGACUUGAGGCAAAGGAUCCGGGAUCUGAAGUCCAUAAUGGAGAAGUAUCAGAUGCUGCUGGUCCAGUUUGAUCUGGUCGAACAGCCUCCUCCCAGCGACCCUCUGGAUCACCUUCGGAGUGAUGGGGAGAGCCCUUCUCCUGCAGGGUUGAAGGAAAGCGACCCGGAAUGGACCAGCUUCUCCAACGAAACGCAGCUGAAGGAAGGCGUGGAGGAGGAGGAUGGAUCUGGACCCUCAAAUGACCAGACCCUGCAGAAGCUCAAAGAGUUGUUGUCGGAAAACGAGGCUGAACUCGAGAAAGAGCAGAUGGCCAACAUGAAGCUGGUUGAUGAGGUCCAUCGUCUGCACGACAAGCUGAAAAGCCUGUCCCAGGCCGGGCAAGCUCUCUCCCUCUGCCCGUCACUUCCCGAGCGGUCCCAACGCCAGGAAAUCCACCGGAGCCACCACAUUUGUGCCACGUACCGACAACACCUGUCCAACUUGAUCCGAACUUUCGAAGAUCUCCUGCGGGACAGCGAAGUGGAUUACUACGUGGCCGAGAGCUUCCGGGAGCAGCUCAACCAAAGCGCCCAGCUGUUUGAGAGGCUGGAGCAUCAGUGUCUCUAUGGAGAAUCAAUAGAGGAGGACAUGACCAAGCUCUGCCACCUUGCCCAGAGCUUGUCUGACUUUGAGGUAUCCCAGCACCUGACCUCUUUGGAGGUGCCCACGCGUGGACAAGAAGAAGCGGAGAGCGGGAAGGAGAAACCCUCUGCCACCCCAACCAAGUUUCCACCAGAGCUGUUGAUGGAACAUCUCCAAGAAAUACGCUUGCUGAGACAUCGGCUGGAAGAAUCCAUAAAAACGAACGAGCAUCUGAGGAAGCACCUGGAGCAACAGGUCCCAGUUCCCGGCCCAGACCAAGACUUAGCGAAGGUUGGCAUCCGGGGAUCGGAGCAACUGAAUUGCCUGACCUCUGAAAUUCAUUUCCUGAGGAAGCAGAACCAGACUUUGAACGCCAUGCUGGAGAAGGGAUCCCGAGAAGGACUUGAGGCUCACCUGGUAGAGAAGCAGAAAGAAAGUGAAGCCUUGCGAGAAUCCCUGGCCCAGAAGAGCCUGGCCGUUGAGCGUCUUCAGAAGGACCAGGAGCACCUCAAGAAGGAGAACGAGAAGCUGCGGGAGCAAGUGGGGAAAGGAGAGGCCGAAAACGAGGGUCUGACCCACGAAAUCUACAACGUCCGGAACGAACUGAACAGGUUGCAGAUGGAGCUGGCCACCAAACAGCAUCAGUUGUCAGAGAGCGACAAAUUGCUGAGUUCCUUGCGAGUGGAGCUGAAGGUGUAUGAAAAGUUGGACGAAGCUCUCCGGAAUGAAAAAGACCGUCGCCAGAAUGGAGCAGACGAAUGCUGGAAAGAUCAGAACCAGCCUCUUGAUUUAGGCGAACUGUUGACUGAAAUCCAGUUCUUGAGGAAGCAGCUGGAGCAGAGCAUCAAGUCCAACCAGAUGUUGCAUGAAAAAGUAGAAGAGCAGCUGCGUCUAGGAAAGGGGGAGAAGAACUGCUUGGGGCCAGCUGUGCAGAUCAGUUACCUUUUCGGUCACGAGUCCCAACAACUUCAGACUGGGAUCAACGAGUUGACGUUCAGCACCCUGGACAGCCCCUCCCAUUGCAACCUGUUGACCAACAAGGCCAGAGAGAUUUGCCCCGUCCCCAGUCACUGCGUGUGGGCAGACAAGAACGGCCAGCAUAUUCUAGGCUUGAUUGAAGAUUACAACUGUCUCCGGAAGCAGGUCACGGAAGGGCGGAAGCAACUGUCCAAACUGGAGCUUCCUCUGAAAGAGGCAGAAGCUCUGGAUUCUGCGGCGAUGGUUCCUCUGAGCAGUUUGUCUGCCACCUUCAGGGCGGUCCAGCAGAACCUGGAAGAAGCGGCCCGCCUGUUGACCCUCCUCUGGAGGGUCUCCUUGCCAAUGAAAGUGGUCCACGCUGCAGCUUACUCCCUUCAGGACGAAAGCCUGAAGUCCGAGGUCCUCAAACUCCGUCGGAAAGUGGCCGAACAGGAGAAGAAGCUCUACAGCAUGGCCAGGCGCUUGUAUUCCACCAGCCAGCUCAAAGAAAACAUGGAGAGGGUCAUCAUAGAUCAGUUGGCGUUGACGCACAACGUUUUAAAAAAGGCCAGAGGGAACCUCGAAGUCCAGCCCUCAGAGAACAAAGCCACCCCUUCUAGCCUCGUCAAGAAAAGGGUUUAAGCGAAGGCUCCAGGUCCUACAAUAAAGACCAUGUUCCUUUGCCGAGCCGAUGCUUAUGACUGCUUCUUUACCUCCAAGGCCUUAACGUUCCUUCCAUUUGCACCUGACUACUCCAGCAUUUUCUACCCCGAUGUCUUCUGGAUAUCCAGACCGCGACGUUCUUUUCUUCACCGGCCCCGGGGAUGGGUAAAUUUUCUCUGGCUGGGCCGGAGAAACGCUGUGUGAAAAUGGUGGCACUUUCCAUGCCAGUGGCAUGAAGACGGAUCUACUGGCAGAAAUGUCCAUGAAGGCACAGUUAAUUCGGGCAGGCUGAGUUUUUGAUGUGUGGGGAACUUGGAGGCGCGUGUGAAGGUAGAUAAAAGCAUUGUGAUCUUUUGCUUGAAAGUCUAGGCUAAAAACUUAACUUCUGAUCUGCAUCGCCCCAGCCAAUCCGAGCGGGCACCGAAACGAAAAGGAAAUGGAGAAGUUGGCUUGCUCGCGACGAGUUGCUCUGAUCCCCCCACCCUGCCCUCUCCAUCCCAUAAUUGCAGAAUCUUGCAUUUUUUCUUUGCAGCCCAGAUGGAGGAGUUAGACUCACUUAAACCACAAAAAUUGGUUGCUCCUGAGCCCCAGGGGUUCUUUUUCAACUGACUUUCUGAUUUUUCUUUGAAGAUCUUUUUCGCUUCUCAUCCAAGAAGCUUCUCCAGUUCUGCUGAAGAUCUGCUGAAGUUCUUCAGAACUGAAGAAGCUUCUUGGAUGAGAAGUGAAACGUCUUCAGGGGGGACAAAAACCAAGAAAGUCCAGUUGCCUCUUGAAAAAGCAUCUUUGGGACAACUCUGACCUGGAUAACUAAGAAUCUCCAUAGACAUUAACCAUGUUUGCAAAAGUUAACUGUUGAAUAUGGGGGGGGGGACCUGCCUUUGAGGUGGAAAAGUCUUUGCUCAUUGGGUUGUAAGUAGGACUUUUCCAUCAUUCAACUGCAAAUGACAUUCUGCUUCCCCACUAGAGUAACUGUAUCUAUAUUGCCGCUUGUCAUCUUGCCUGCUUCGACAAUGUGCAACUUUAUAAAGUUCCCCCACUCGGAUUCCCAUGGACCGGAAAAGUAGCCCAUAAAGUUGACAAGGUCCAUCUUUAAAUGCCUUCUCCAUCCCAAACUGGAGAGUAGAUUCCAGUUGGGCUUUAGAUGUUGUCCUUUGAGAAGACCCAGAGUUCCCGAUAGUUCCCCAAUGGCAUGGCUGAAAUUUGGAACCCCCUUUUGACCUGGUUCAAAACCACAGGAACCAAACUCCUGCAAAACCUGGGUCAGAAGGUCCAAACAUUCCAGGUCCAUUGCUGAUGAGCACCUCCCAUUGUCCUCCUGUCCUCAUUAAACUGUUAAAAAAAAACAAACAUAAUUCAAAGUAUGAUUUUCAUUUAAAAAAUGGCCACCCUAUAAUAUCCCUUGCGAGCAUUCUUGCAUCUAAACCAUUCCUGUAGAUUAUUUUAGGAUGUCUUGAUUGUCUGUGAUAUAUUUCUUGUUUGCUAUGGCAUCAGACUUGUUGUAUAACUAGCAUUUUAGAGAAGUCCUUUUAAAGGUAGGAUUUAAAAGAAGUAUUUAUAUGUCGAAGUCUCAGUUGGGUACGCCAAAGUCAAUGGAAAAUGGGUGAUCAAGCCGUCCUAAUCAACCUGGAUGUUUCUCAGAGUCUUAUCCCAAUAUAAUUUAAAUUCCAUGAUAUUGCUUAUCCCUAUCUUCUCCUUCCCAGACUGAUAACUUUUUUCAUAUUAGGAAAAAAAAAUAGCAAGUGAAGCAGCCCUUAGGAACCUAGCAAGAUUAAACCGUCCUAGGCAUCAAAAUGUCUUAAUUUUUCCUGAGACCCCUCCAGGCAAUUAGUGCUAGCAGGAAUACUAAGCAGAAAUAAUUAAAAUGAUAACUGGAUGUUUGGUUGGGUUUUUUUUCAGACAGCCAAGGAAAUGUAGAACGCUAAGGUAGAAAGCUACAUUUUUUUCUCAUUGCAUGGCAGAUAGGAGAAGGACAACUGAGUCCAUGAGCAAAUUUGGUGGAGCAGAGAUGGUUCUCCUUGGUGCAUGUUUCUGGAAUUUGCCAGGGGUCUGAAUUGCGUUAGUAGACCAGAUCAAGGGAUCUACAUUGGCUUGAGAACAGAUGCUGUUGGACCACAGAUCCCAUCAUUUCAACAUUGGCCUCACUUGGUGGGACCUUUAAUGAUACCUGACAGCUUGUGUGUCAACCAUCUCUUUGAUGCUUUGAUCUGUUGAGGACACCUUAUUUCUCUCCAGAAAUUACUAUAAAGGUGAGUAGUUACUGGGGGGGAAAAACUCUGAAAAAUCAGAACUUCUAGAUAGCCUUCAACUUUUCAGCAUGGAAUAAAUUAUUUCCCCAUAAAAUCUCCUUUCUGUCUCGGCUUACAUCUGGACGGCUGGAUUCCAGCUUUUUUUUUAUUGCUUUGUUUUAUACGGUACACAGCUAAUAUAUUCCCUCCCCCCUAACUUAAAACAUGUGUGCGUACGGAGGGAUGGAUGGAUUUAUGCUCCGGCUGAGUUGUAUGUAGUAAAAGUGUAAGACGAGGAAAUUGGUUUCAGAAACAAGAUGUUAAGGUCCAUCUUUACAGUUCAAUAAAUGGAUCACUUGUUGUGCUG